AUUUUUUUUCAGACUAUAUAAGACUUUCAAAGACUCGAAAUACGUGUACAUGCUAUUGGAAGCAUGUUUGGGGGGUGAAGUGUGGACCAUACUCCGCGACAGGGGUUGUUUCGAUGAGCCUACGACCCGUUUCAUCACAGCCUGUGUUGUAGAAGCUUUCGACUAUUUACACACACGCGGCAUUAUCUACAGAGAUCUGAAGCCGGAAAAUCUCCUAUUGGACGCGCAGGGAUACGUGAAGAUCUGCGACUUUGGUUUCUCGAAACGUUUAGGAUACAGCAGCAAGACGUGGACGUUUUGUGGUACGCCUGAAUACGUUGCGCCGGAAACCAUUUUGAAUAAGGGUCACGACAGGGCUGUUGAUUACUGGGCUUUGGGAAUAUUGAUGUUCGAGUUGAUGACUGGAAGGAGCGUGGUGCAUCAUGAGUUCUUGCCACUGGGUAAUACGGUCAAUAAGGGAUAUUACCUUCACAAUUUGCGCAAGAAGAACAAAAAUUGGCUUUUGCACAAUGAUAACGCUCUUGGUUACACAUCGUUGCUUGUGCUCAAAGUUUUGGCCAAAAACUACACACGCCGCACCCACCGUAUUCCUCAGAUCUGGCCCAGUGUGACAUUUUCUUGUUCCCGAAACUGAAGAGGCCCAUGAAAUGACAUCGUUACUCUACGAUUCAGGAGACAGAGACGUCCUCGAAGGAGGAACUGAACAAGAUCACAAAAAAAUGAUUUUUUGAAGUGCUUCGAAGAUUAGAAAAAAC